UGGUGAAGUUGAGGAGAAAGGAGCUCUGCUGAGGAGGUUUAGAUUGUGACUGAGGAGGUGAAGGAGGAGAAGAGAAGGAGGACAGGGGACAAAAGAAGGUAGCAAGCAGGAGGAGUAAAAGAGCGAGAAAAGAGGAGCGAAAAAGAGUCGGAUUGAGAAGGGGAGACAAGAGAGGAAGAGGAGGAGGAGGAGAAGUGGUUCUGGGAGAGACAAACUGAAGGUGGAAGAGAAGAGGAGGAGGACAGCGGAGCGUGAAGUUCCGAGAAGGAGAAGGGAGCCAGAAGAGAGGAGGUGUUUCAAAGGAGGAGAGAGGAAUCAGGCAACCACACUGCAGACGCUGUGUGAGGAGGAGAAAAGAGAGGACAGCUAAUGUGACUUUGGGGUCAAAACAAAGAGACCUGGAGGAAGAAGAGGAGAAGAAGAGGAGGAAGAGGAGCAACAAAUGACUGUUUAUUGACACUUGAACUGUGUUUGAGGAGCAGAUCUAAUCUUGAUGAUGGGCUGCUGUCUGUUUGUUUACUAUCGGAAGAGGAAGCAGGCCAGCAGAGAUGCAGACUCCCUCAGUCUCUGCAGUCUGGACAUCAACGAGCCCAGCACCAAGCGCAGCAAAGUUGUAUCCAGGGUGACGUCUCUGGCCAGCCUGCUGCCGCCCGUCAAGACAGCACCGCUGAAGAGGAUCAGUCAAACACUACAGCGUUCCAUCAGUUUUCGUAAUGAGAGUCAGCUGGAGAGAGCCGCUCAUAAUCCUCCCUCCUCCUCAACAAUGAAGACGCGGAUUAUCUCAGCAACGGUCUCUAACCCUUCCUCCUCCAUGACUGCCACACGGGUUUCCACAGCAACUGCCCAAGCCGCCAAGCGCCGGGACAGCAAGCUUUGGAGUGAGACGUUUGACGUCCGACUGGGAGCGACGCAACCUCUGAGCCCAAAAGAGAUAAAACGACAAGAGGCUAUAUUUGAGUUGGCUCAGGGCGAGCAAGACUUGGUGGAGGAUCUCAAGUUGGCUAAGAAGGCCUACCAUGACCCGAUGCUGAAGCUGUCAAUCAUGACUGAGCAGGAGCUGAACCAGAUCUUUGGCACUCUGGACUCACUGAUACCCCUGCAUGAAGACCUACUGAGUCGCCUCAGAGACGCUAGAAAACCUGACGGGUCCACAGAACAUGUGGGACACAUCCUGACUGACUGGCUGCCCUGUCUCUCCUCCUACACGCCGUACUGCAGUAACCAGGUGCAGGCCAAGGCCUUGUUGGACCAAAAGAAGCAGGAUCGGCGGGUUCAGGACUUCUUGCAGCGCUGUCUCCAGUCCCCCUUUAGCAGGAAGUUGGACCUGUGGAACUUCCUGGACAUUCCCCGCAGCCGACUGGUAAAAUACCCGCUGCUGCUCCGGGAGAUCCUGAAGCACACGCCCAACGACCACCCAGACCGGCAGCACCUGGACGAGGCGAUGCUGAUGGUUCAGAGCGUGGUGGCGGACAUCAACAGGCGGACGGGGGAGUCGGAGUGUCAGUACUACAAGGACCGUCUGUUGUACGCGGAGGACGGACAGAAGGAUGAACUCAUUGACCGGUCCAAGACCCUCAGCUGCCAUGGAGAACUGAAGAACAACAGAGGACUCAAGCUCCACGUAUUUCUGUUCCAGGACGUCCUGGUCAUCACCAGGUCCGUCUCGCUGAACGACCAGCCUGUCACCUACCAGCUCUGCCGCCAGCCAAUCCCAAUCCGACAGCUGGACCUGGAGGACCUAUCAGACGGAGAGAUGAGAGUGGGCGGGUCCAUCAGAGGAGCCUUCAGCAACAAUGAGCGGACAAAGAACUUCUUCCGGGUUUCCUACCGUACUGGAGGUCAGCUGCAGAGCCACUGCUUCCAGGCCAGUGACGCUUUCAACAAACAACAGUGGAUCAACUGCAUCCGACAAGCCAAGGAAGCUGCAGCACUGACUGGAGACCAGCCGCCACAGACAGGACAAUGUCUGGAGACAGAGCUGGGUGGACAGAUAGAGCUGGGUGGACAGACAGAGCUGGGUGGACAGAUAGAGCUGGGUGGAAAGACAGAGCUGGGUGGACAGACAGAGCUGGGUGGACAGAUAGGGCUGCUUGGUGAGACAGGUCUGAGUUUGCGCAGUGAUUCAGGUAUUGAAGUUGAAAAGGGGAUGUGGGGGGAGGUGGAAACAGGGCUGCGUUUGGAAGGAGAGGUAGGUCUGAGUGCAGAGAAAGAUCCCAGUUUGGGUGAAGAGGUUGGGGUGACGGGUAGGGAGGUAGAGACAGGUUUGGGUGUGGAUGAUGGGAUGAGUUUGGAAUUAGAUGGAGAAAAAGGGACAGACGGUGAAAUGAGGCCAACGAUCAGUGAGACGGGUGUGGAGAUGGAGACAGGGCAGGGUGUCUGUGGCGUCACGGGAGCAGAGCCAGGAGCCAGUGCAGACCCGAAGAUGGACGCAGGAAAAAGAGAGACUCUCAACGAAGGUGCUAAAAACAUUCCCGACCCCCUUAUCUCCUCUGCUUCUCCUUGUCAAGAGGAGGGGGAGGUGAUGGAGGAGGAGCGGAGUGGGGUAGAGGAGGGCGAAGAGGUCGGCAUGGAUACCAGCGAUGUUGACUCACUGCAGUGCGAGGAGCUGACCCACAGGUGCUGACCAAUCGAAUUGAGGACUUGGUGAUGAUGCAACUGACAAAGACAAAGACAAAAGAAUAUCACUACAAACUUGUCACUACACAUUUAACCAGUGUGUUCUAGAACGCUGCAACUGCUGUAUCCUGACUGCUGGUAACCGUGGUAACCACUGUGUUCUAGAAUGCCACCCCAUUCCAUGGAACACUGGCCCCCCACGUGACUGUGCUGACUGCACGGAUGUAUUAAGACGACUGGAUACCGUGUUCAGAGAACGGUGCCAGUGACGUAGUCAAGACCAUGUUUCGUCGAGGCAGAGACCAGGACUAGUCUAUACCGAGUCAAGCCGGAGUCCAAAGAGGUUCGAGUCCAAGUCAAGAGUCCAAAUGAGAGAGACAGAAAAAAAAGAAUGCCUUUGUUACUUGCCAGUGAGAUGAGUUUUUGCAGCCAGGCAUGCAAGAGGCAUCGAUUGUCAGUGCCCAUUCUAGAUGGAUUUUAAAAUUAAACCAAUACCUUGUUUUCUGAACAAGCGCGCUUCAUCAAUGGUUUUGUUUUGAAGGAGGUAGUUGGGAAUUGGUAGAGUCCAAGACAAGUCUGAGACACAAAAAAAAUAUAUCUUGAGACCGGACUUGAGCACCGGAUGGUGGCCUGUUCAUUCUAGUGAAAGUUGCUCACCAGGCACAUACUGUAAAAAACAUUUUUCAAGGUUUCUCAUGCUUUUCUUUUUUUCCCGAUAGAGCGACUUCCUGCUGACUUCCCACACAUGAAUUGAUUUACUGGUGUAUGUUUAUCAGACCCAAUGCCUCAAAUUCUAAUGAUUCAAACACUUAAGUUGAAAGAAAAAAAUUGAUUUAUGGCUUCACUGCCUUGUGAAUUUAUAUACAGUAUGUGUAUAGGAAAAAGUAUUUUUCAUGUGACCUGCAGUUCCAACUGUAGUCACUGCGUAUCAGCCAAACGCUGUUUCCUGGGGGUUUGACCUUUUGUCAGGUUACUAUGACUACCGCUGUGUUCCACACAAGUUGACCGUGUUGCCAUGGUAAUCACAGUUCACCACAUUAGAGGGUAAACAUAUUUCCUAGCUUGUUUGAUCCCAGUUUACUUUACCCUGAAUUUAUAUCUUCAUAACAUUAGCUAACUUACUUUUAUUUUGCACUUGACCUGCCUUUGGACAAACUGGUUUGCUGCCAAUUGACCCUUCCUAAGUCCCGCCCCUUUUUGCUCUGUGCUCCAAUAAGAGUUGAGGAAACCUCGGUCAGAACUUCAGUCAACUUUCUCCUGUAUAUACAUGUGCUAGGCUUGUCUAUGUUGAAAAGACAGCCACACUGCUUAAUUGUUAUUGGAGCACAGAGCAAAAAGGGGUGGGACUUAGGAAGGGUCAAUAGUCUUGGCCUUUACAAAAGGUUGUCACCUCUUAAUUAAUUCAAAACUUUCAGUUGUUUGAGCUGUUUGAGCUGUUAAAGUUACCCUGUGGAGUUUGUGACCAAUACUGACACUAUGAACAGGUUGUUUGUAUCUCAUGCUCUAUACUUGGAUGUGCACUAGGAUAUACAUGGACGUGCACCAAUACAAUUUCCUGCUGAUGGUUUCAAGCUAUUCCACUGAUUGACAAUUGGUGUAGCAAGAAUACUGCUAGCUGAUGUUUUUAGAGGAAGGAAAUACAUUCAGAACAAGAAAACACACAUUGUGUUUUGGUGAGAAACACUGAAAGUAAAAAUAACAAGAAAACUCCCCAGGGCACCUUUAAAAAGCACUGCUCUACCAGUUAUUUUAAACAGAAAAGGCACAUUUCUUCUAUUUGCUGGUUAAGAUUUACUGAAAACCUCUGCCACAGUUCUGUUGUAAACAAUAUCAGCAGCAUUCUCAGGUAAUUUACACAAAGGUUAUAAAUAAAUAUAAAUGGCCUUUUGCAUUUAAAACACUUCCAAUUAAUGAUAAUGAAUUAUGUCAAUGCUAACUCAAUGUUAAAAGAUAUGAAACUGAGGAUUGCAAAUAUCAAGUCUUAAAAGGAAGCUCUAGUAUUACGACUACUGGUCAUUUAUCACCUUGCAGAGAUUUUGUAACUUCAGGUUCUGUCAAAAACUAUGUCAGCUGGAGUUGCAGCUUUCCAAAACCAAUGAAACAGUAAUCAUCUCAAACUAGCUAAACUAGAAUUUUGUAUCUAUAAUUUGGGGGAUUUUCGUUCUUCCAGAUCUUUUAAAGGAUUUCUUGCUUCUCAGCUAUCUCUGUAACUUCUAAAACUAUCCAAAACUAUCUUUAAAUGAUGUCUUAAAAUCAGUUGUCUGAAAUGUCUGAAAACACUGGAGAAAAGAGAGCUGUGCACCCAGUUCUGAUAGAUUAUCAAGUUCCAAGACAUUUAUUAGCCAGUUGGUUUAGAUUCACAACGAUUUGCUAAAACACAAACAACCAGCCUCUUACAAAUAAUGUUCAUGUGCAAAUAGUCUGCAUUAGAAAAAUAAUUUUUAGGGAAAAGUAAUGGAGGUGCAGUGAUUACAGUAUGUGUGAUGGCAACGCUCAGUGCAGGAGUGAUGAAGGUAUUUAACCAUGACUAUGAUUUUUCUUCAAAAGAGCUUUAAUUGCCUAUUGCCUCAAACCUGCAUUAAUCAACAUUUUUUUGUUGUUUUUUUUUUUAGCUUCUUUCAGGUCCUAGUUUUGGUUUUAUGGCACAUUUACUGUAUGAUUCAAUACUUGUGUUUUUUUUCUGCGCACCACCUGCCCAGCACCAAACUACAGACAGAUAAAGUUAGAGACCAGCUGGUGAAUAAAGUGGAACAUGUAGCAGCUAAACAGUCAGAUAUUUUUCUCAGGAGACCAAACCAGAGCUAAAAGAGAGUUAAGAUUGGACUGGCAUUCAUCAGAUGGACACAAACGACUCCAAUGAGAUGGUGUUCUCUGUCUGUGAUAAGCAUUUUAUACAGGGUCUUAAAAAGUUUAAAAUCCAAUCACCUAAAUAUGAUUUUGACAGGUGUUAAAAAAUUGAUUGGAAUAAUGAAGUUGACGUUGCUUGUAUGAAUGCAUUUUUAGUCAAUGUGUUUUGGGGAAAACAACAAAUAUACAAUACAAAUUUUCCUUCAUAUUCUUUUACUUUUUUUCUAGUACGGACAUAAAAUAGGUCUUGAAUUGAAUUGAUAAUGGUCUAACAUGGUCUUUAAAAGUCUUAAAUCUAUCCUGUUAAACCCUGUUUAUAAAGCGAGAUGGCGGUAGCUGUGUAUCUGUGAAAAAAAGAAAUUCAGUGACUAUUUCGCAAACAUUUACGAUAUGAAGAAAAACUUAAUUUCUCCAUAUGGUGUAACUUUUCCUUCAAAACAUAAUGUGCUAAUCCCAAAUAGUUGUGCAUAAAUGUAGGUGAUGGCAGACAAGGCUACCAAUACAGUAUUGUAGUUUACUUAAGGCAUUCCAAAAAUAUUAAAUGUUAAAUGGAUUUUCAUCUAUCGCCACGGUUUUACCACAAAAUCCUGUGAGACUGACACAACCUUCAGCUGCUGUAGGUGUUACUACACACUGCUGCUAAAGGGAAAUGUCCAGUGUUUUGUCACGGCAAUCAGAGAGGUCCUGGAGGAGGAGCCUGUUGUGUAUGUACUGUAUGUAUGUAAAGAAUGUAUAUUAAGUCUAUCUGUAUAUGAAUGUAGGAACAAAGCCAAGCAUGUCUGUUAUGUCAUAUAUGUGCUGACACAUUAUGUGAGAAAUAUGACGUACAAUGUCAAGACAAUCAGUUUGAUGUUAUAACGGUUAGGUCGGUUUAGUUGUUGUUGAUAGUGUUGGGCAGUAACUCAUGGCUAGUAAGAAUAUUACUUCCCCCAGUAACUAGUAGUGUAACUAAUUACUAAUAGAUUUCAAGUUUCAGUAAUUAGUUACAACCUUCCUUUUGUUUCCACCCUCCUACUGAUUUAAAAUCCAGCAAUUCAAUCACAUCCUUGGAUAAUUUUUUGUAAUUGUGGAGGAAACUAGUUUGGAAGAUGGUGACACAUACUAUAUUCAGCUGGAAGUAUUCACAUUACUUUGAUUUUAACAAACAAAACUGAAUUUCAAUCGACGUAAGUCUGAAUUUUGGAGAGAAGGAGUAGCACAAAGGUAAUAUAACUAGUAACUAAUUACUGUUGGCAGGGAGUAAUAAGUAAAGUAAUCAUAUUACUUUUUAAAAGAAUAAUGGGUGAUUAAAGAUUUUUGAGUAACUAGCCCAAUGCUGUUUAUGAUGAUGAAGAUUAUUAAUGGAUUAAGGACACCACAAUGUUAAGGCUAUUAGAAAGUUACCAAAUUGUUAAAGAAAGAUUAUUUGCACAUUUCAGAGAAGACUUAAGAGAAAAUGUCCCAAAUAAAAUAUGUGACAGUUGCUCUUCAUUCUGUUCAUGAAACAUAAAAUGGUAAUAUUUAGUUGUGGUAUCUACUAAUGUGUGGAUUGUCACAGGAUCAAAGCACCAAUAAACUGUUGUAAAAGAAACCUGUCGGUGAGUGGGUGGUUACUGGUGAUUGCAAAGGAAAUGUGGGGAUGUUUAAAUAAAGACAAAAAAGGUUUUUGCUGUGCACUUUUGUUCGUCUAUGAGGUAUAACUAGAGGAUUAGCUACCAUU